AUGCGCCUCAUCUAUGAUCCCACCCUCAACGACUACCGGAACUUGCCCGGCGUCGAGACGCGCAUGCCGGACUUCGGCUCCGCCCACGGGUUCACCUCCAAGAACGAUUCGAGCCGUAUCCCAACUUGUCUAGCAAGGGUCCGCGAAGAGCUUGAGUUGCUUGGGUAUCGUGAUGGUGAUACCUUUUUUGGAGCUCCCUACGACCCACGGCACGCUCCACCGCUGCCGGGCCAGCCAUCUCAGGUGUACUCCGACUAUUUUGCUUGUGCGAGCGAGAAGAAUCAAAACAAGCCGGUCAUCCUCGUUGCGCACAGCUUUGGUGGCAAGGUCAUCCUCGGGUUCGUCAACUCGACUCCCGUGGCAUGGAGGAAGAAAUUCAUCAAGCACCUGGUCCUCGUAUCGCCCACACCUCCAGAAGGUUUCCUGGGGGUGCUUGUGAGCCUCACCUCGGGACCGUCUUUCCUUGUCCCAUCGGUUCCGCCGCUGCUUCUACGGCAAAUGUGGAGAACCUUAGCGAGCACCCUUUUAUCCCUCCCAUCUCCCAUGGCAUUUGGUCACAGGCCAAUUGUGAUCACCAACCACAAGAACUACUCAGCAUAUGACUACAAGGACUUCCUCACGGCACUCGGUUUGAACACCGAGGUCGUGAAACGAGUGCUUUCUAUGAAGCUGGGAAUUGACCAACCGAUGGUGCCGACUACAUACCUCAAUGGCAUCGGCGUCAAAACGCCAGAGCAGGUGGUGUACCGGGAUGGUAACUUCGACAUGGCUCCCGAGAAGGUAUACGGCGAUGGAGACGGGACCAUGAAUUUGUUUAGCGUGCUUGCAUUUGUGAAGGAGCUGAGUAGGCAACAAGAAGCUAACAUACCCUUCAAGUUCGUGGAGAUUGCUAAUGCUACACACUUCGAUAUUGUUGUUCAGGAGCAUUCGCUCAAGAAGGUCAUGGAUGUAAUUCUAGAAGCAAAUCGCUGA